CCAAUUUCCAAACCCCCUCUCUGAUCGAGCUACCACCGAAUCCAGAGGAACCAUCAAGAAACGAUGACCUCGCGCGAUAAGAAGCCGGCUAAACCCUCAACCAGUCGACCCGGUGGUAUUCGGACCCUCUCCGAUUUGAAUCGCCCCACUGCUAAUGAUUCUGACAGCGACUCCGAUGGCCCUCAGGAGUACUAUACCGGUGGCGAAAAGAGUGGUAUGCUUGUCCAAGAUCCUAAUAAGAGAAAUGAUGUGGAUGAAAUAUUCAACCAAGCAAGACAAUUAGGUGGUGUUGAAGGGCCCAUGGAAAAUCUUCGCCCCUCAAGUUCAAGAAGUUUUACGGGCACCGGGCGGUUACUGACCGGUGAGCCUGUCCCAGCUGCCCCUGAGCAACCACAAAAUGUUGUACACAACAUUGUCUUUUGGAGAAACGGUUUUACUGUAAAUGAUGGACCUUUGAGAAGGUUGGAUGACCCUGAAAAUGCACCUUUCCUUGAAAGCAUCAGGAAAUCCGAGUGUCCAAGAGAGCUUGAGCCUGCAGAUAGAAGAUCCUCGGUUCAUGUCAAUUUGAUAAGAAGGGAUGAGAAUCGUCCAGAACCAGUGGUGGCAACCCAAGUUGCAUUUCAAGGAGUAGGAAGAACCCUAGGCGGCAGUAACAACAACAACAACAACACAGAUGAAACAAACACUUCCAAUACUGCCACCGACACGCCGCCAGUCACCUCCUCCUCCCCUUCUGGCGGCCUGGUUCUGGACACCACCCUACCAUCAACCUCAAUCCAGCUCCGGUUAGCUGAUGGGACCCGCAUGAUUGCCCACUUUAACCAUCAUCAUACUGUUGCAGAUAUUCGAGCCUUCAUCAAUGCAUCCAGGCCAGAUGGUUCAAGGACUUAUCAGCUUCAGACAGUUGGGUUCCCACCUAAGCAACUCACUGAUCCGACUCAGACCAUUGACCAGGCUGGCCUUGCUAACUCGGUUGUCAUCCAGAAAAUCUAAACACUGGAAAGAGGGUAAUAUAUGGUCAUUUAAAGUAAGGGGUUUUUGACUUUUCGUAUUGGGAAUCGGAUACUUCUGAAGUUAUUAAGAACACUCUUUGUCAAGAAAAGCAUAAUGCAUGUAUAAAUUUGAGAUUAUAACUUCAAAACUUUGUGGAUAAUUUAUGUUGGUUGUUUAUUUAUGCACCCUGAUUCGACUUUGUA